AUGGCAGUUCGCGUGGAGACUCGGGACGGAAAGGUGUACAGGCUGGAGAAGGCCCAAUACGAGCAGAGUACGCUUCUGAGGGAACUUGUUGAGAGUGUAGGCUCAUUUGAGCGUGCUUCUAUUCUCGUGGAGAGUGAUGUUUUUGAGAGGAUUAUUUCCUUCAUGGACGCUCACUCUGGGGAGAGCCUGGAGGAAGUCAGCGGGGAGGUUUUACUCGGGGAUUUUGACGAGGAAUUUCUCUCUGUGGAAAGUGCCCUUCUAUUUCGCAUUACGUCAGCUGCUAACUAUCUGUGCAUGCCCCUUCUCCUGGAGAUGUGCUGCCAGGUCAUUUCCAGGAGUCUGCGCGAGAAAAGCGCAGAAGAGAUAAAGGCGUAUCUGGAUGUGCCUUCUCGGAGUGUGGGAAGUGAUGUAAACGUCCAAAAGGAGUACAGAUGGAUUGAAUAG